AUGCCUACAGUCGCCCCCAGCACCACAGUCGCCCAGCACCACAGUCAUACAACACCACAGUUGCCACAGAGUCACAGGCGUCUCACCACCACGUUCGCUACAACACACGAUCGCCACAGCACCACGGUCGCCACAGCACCACGGUCGCCCACAGCACCACAGUCGCCUCAACAUCACCCAGUCGCCACAACACCACGGUCGCCACAGAACCACGGUCGCCACAGAGUCACAGGCGUCUCACCACCACGUUCGCCACAACACCACAGUCGCCACAGCACCUGUCGCCACAACACCACAGUCGCCACAGCACCACGGUCGCCACAGCACCACAGUCGCCACAGCACCACGGUCGCCACCAGCGCACAGUCGUCCUGGCACCACGGGCGUCUCACCACCACAGUCGCCCCACAGCACCACGGUCGCCACAACACCACAGUCGCCACAGCACCACUGUCGCCACAACACCACAGUCGCCACAGCACCACAAUCGCCACAGCACCACAGUCGCCACAGCACCACUGUCAUACAACACCACGGUGCCACAGCACCACAGUCGCCACAACCUACAAGUCAUACAGCACCACUAUGUACAACACCACAGUCGCCUACAACACCACAGUCGCCACAGCACCACGGUCGCCACAGCAUGCGGUCGCCACAGCACCACAGUCGCCACAGCACCACGGUCGCCACAGCACCACGGUCGCCACAGCACCACGGGCGUCCUCACCACCACAGUCGCCACAGCACCACAGUCGCCACAGCACCACGGUCGCCACAGCACCACGGGCGUCUCACCACCACAGUCAUACAGCACCGCACAGUCGCCACAGCACCACAGUCGCCACAGCACCACGGUCGCCCACCGCACCACAGUCGCCACAGCAUCACAGUCAUACAGCACCACUGUCGCCACAACACCACAGUCGCCACAGCACCACGGUCGCCACAGCACCACGGUCGCCACAGCACCACAGUCGCCACAGCACCACGGUCGCCACAGCACCACGGUCGCCACAGCACCACGGGCGUCUCACCACCACGGUCGCCACAGCACCACGGUCGCCAUAG